AAUUUUAUGAUAAAUUCAACAGGAAUUGUUUUUCAAGAAAUCCAGGUAAAGAUGAACCGGAAGUAGAGACUGGUAAGAUUUCAGAGAUCAAAACGACCUAAGGAACCAUAAAUAACGAGAAUCUGUGGAAAUCAAUAAUUCUGGAGGAACUUCCUGGAACCAGGAUGAGCAACAGAGGUCAAAUAAAAGAGACAGGGAUCAAGACAGACAAUGUGGAAUUGAAGAACAGGGAAUCCGGUUGCAGCUUCACUGCUUUCUGCGAUACAAAGAAACAAGAAGUUCAGAAGCAGUCAGAAUCCCUAGAAUUGUCCUCAAUAGCAGCCAAAGUUGAAGAAGAAAAUGUCCAUUGGAUUUACAAUGAGAUCGCUCAGCAUUUCAGUGAAACAAGACACUCCCCAUGGCCACAGGUGGCUGAAUUUAUCUCCAGUCUUCCUCCUGGAUCAUCUCUCGUGGACAUUGGAUGCGGGAAUGGAAAGUAUCUCCUUGCACGGGAGGACAUCAUCAAGAUUGGCUGCGAUCGGAGCGAAGUUCUCCUGGGAGUUUGUCAGGAGCGACAGCUGAAUGCCUUCCUGUGUGACUGCCUGGCUGUUCCUGUGCGAGACAACUCAGUCAGUGCUUGCAUCAGUAUUGCCGUCAUCCAUCAUUUGGCUUCUAAAGAACGACGCCUGCAGGCUGUGAAGGAGAUGGCGAGAAUUCUGGAGAAAUCAGGUCGAGGAUUGAUCUAUGUUUGGGCAAAGAAUCAGGAGGCGGAUAGAAGGAAAUCCAGCUACUUGAGACAAAAUAAGAAAUCAUCCAAAGCUCCUCCAUCGCCUCUAGCAGCCGAAGAAGUGGUUGUGGAUGAAAAACUCCCACUUCCGGUGCACACAAACAGAACGCAGUUCCUCCACAGAGACAUCCUGGUUCCGUGGAAGCUGAAGGAUGGCACGGAAAACAGCAAAACCUUCCUUAGAUUCUAUCACGUCUUCGAGGAGGGAGAACUUGAGGAGCUCUGUGGUCAGGUGCAGGACAUCCGUGUCAUCAAAUCCUACUACGAUCAAGGGAAUUGGUGUGCAAUCUUUGAAAAAAUAUAGCCCAGUUGUAACCCCCACAAAAAAUUGUUCUUUAUUCAU